CUCCAUCUCCUCCGUCCCCAGCUGCAGGAACUCGGUGGUAGAUUUUCUUGGAGAAUUCGAGCUGCUAAGAGGUUCUCUGCUGCCAGAAGAAAUGGGAAAGUUAAUUCUGGUAGUGCUGUUCGUCUUGACGGCUCUUCUGUGUGCGUGUCGGGCGGCAAAACCACGGGGAGGCAAGUUUACUGGGCCCGAGGCCAUCCAACAGAAUCUUUAUCAGCCAAAGAACGCGGAAGAGGAAGAGAUGUCGAAGCCAUCUGUUGAAUGCAGAGCACUGUCACUCUAUAAAGACGCAACUAUUUCUCUGAGGAUGAAAGCUAAAUUUAAGAAGUCAGUUGGUAUAACGGUCGUAGUAUCAAUCAUCAGAGCCAAAUGUGCUAAUCUUGGGAGCUGUGAAGUUGUUGGAGACGGGCAAUACAUUGGAUUUUGGGGAAACAUCACUAGCCGUACAUUUUAUGCUAAAGUCGAUACCAAGCCUGAGACCUUGAUAGGGGAGAACAGGGUACCCCGACUGAGGACAACGGAAAAAAGACGAAGAAUAAGGGAGAAGGAGGAGGAGGAGGAGGAGAUGAGAGUAGCAAGGAGAAUAAAGAAAAGACGAAGCCCACUGAUGACAAAAAUGACGAUCAAGGAAUUGAAAAAACGAAACGAAGAAGACAAGGCAAACACUGACGAGGAAUUAAGUUCCACUAACAGUUCAGUGACUGUUUCCGCUCCAUCACAGACACCUAAUGCCCCUCCCCCUGAUCCUACUUCUCCCGAUGCUCCUGCCACUGCUCCAGCUAAAGUUGAACAACCGAGUGGCGAAUUCCGAACCAAUGAGUCUGGACUAUUCAUUGUCUACAUUCAGUCUUGGGUCAGAGAAAAGGGAACACCCGUAAACCUGACCUUUGAUUUAGAGAUGAAGAAUACGUUUGGAUAUCUGGCUGCUAUCGAUUACCCCGCACUAGUGUUCUACGGCCUGAUGCUGGCAGUGUACAUCAUCCUUGGCCUGGCCUGGUCGGUCUGCAUGUGCUGCUCCUACAAGGACCUCGUCAGACUCCAGUUCUGGGUUUUUGGAGUCGUCAUUCUCGGGUUUCUGGAGAAAGUCUUCUUCGUUUCGGAGUACAGCUCCGUCAAUGCCGGGGAGCAGACCUCGAUGCUCAUUGUGCUGGCAGAGGGGAUAUCGGCAGUCAAGAGAGCUCUGGCCCGAGUCCUGCUCAUCAUCGUCUGUCUCGGUUUUGGCACCGUCAUCCCCAGACUGGGUGAUUCACUCUUGAAGGUCAUAGCAGCUGGCGUCAUAUACUGGGUUCUCGCUCUCAUCGACGGCGUUGUCCGAUCGAGAACCGACACGUUUGAUACUGAUGACAGAACACCUCUGGUGACAAUGGCUCUGCUGUUCUUCAUGGAUUCCUUCAUCUUCUACUGA